AUGGAAGACGUGUUUGUCACGAUACUCCAAAACAAUCACAUCAAGCCAUGUCGCAGCAGCAGUAGAAGUAGAAAAGUAGAAGUAGAAGUAGAAGUAGAAGUAGAAGUAGAAGUAGAAGUAGAAGUAGAAGUAGAAGUAGAAGUAGAAGUAGAAGUAGAAGUAGAAGUAGAAGUAGAAGUAGAAGUAGAAGUAGAAGUAGAAGUAGAAGUAGAAGUAGAAGUAGAAGUAGAAGUAGAAGUAGAAGUAGAAGUAGAAGUAGAAGUAGAAGUAGAAGUAGAAGUAGAAGUAGAAGUAGAAGUAGAAGUAGAAGUAGAAGUAGAAGUAGAAGUAGAAGUAGAAGUAGAAGUAGAAGUAGAAGUAGAAGUAGAAGUAGAAGUAGAAGUAGAAGUAGAAGUAGAAGUAGAAGUAGAAGUAGAAGUAGAAGUAGAAGUAGAAGUAGAAGUAGAAGUAGAAGUAGAAGUAGAAGUAGAAGUAGAAGUAGAAGUAGAAGUAGAAGUAGAAGUAGAAGUAGAAGUAGAAGUAGAAGUAGAAGUAGAAGUAGAAGUAGAAGUAGAAGUAGAAGAAGAAGUAGAAGAAGAAGUAGAAGAAGAAGUAGAAGAAGAAGUAGAAGUAAGAAGUAGAAGAAGAAGUAGAAGUAGAAGAAGAAGUAGAAGAAGAAGUAGAAGAAGAAGUAGAAGAAGAAGUAGAAGAAGAAGUAGAAGAAGAAGUAGAAGAAGAAGUAGAAGAAGAAGUAGAAGAAGAAGUAGAAGAAGUAGAAGAAGAAGUAGAAGAAGAAGUAGAAGAAGAAGUAGAAGAAGAAGUAGAAGAAGAAGUAGAAGAAGAAGUAGAAGAAGAAGUAGAAGAAGAAGUAGAAGAAGAAGUAGAAGAAGAAGUAGAAGAAGAAGUAGAAGAAGAAGUAGAAGAAGAAGUAGAAGAAGAAGUAGAAGAAGUAGAAGAAGAAGUAGAAGAAGAAGUAGAAGAAGAAGUAGAAGAAGAAGUAGAAGAAGAAGUAGAAGAAGAAGUAGAAGAAGAAGUAGAAGAAGAAGUAGAAGAAGAAGUAGAAGAAGAAGUAGAAGAAGAAGAAGAAGAAAAAAUAAAAGCAGAAAACGGAGAAGCAGAAUGGCAGGCACAAGCACGAGCACAAGCUCUAGCCGAUCUCUCACCUGUCAUGUCAGCAACGACCAGAUCCACUCCCAGCCUCCUUCUGUCCCCCCCCCUGCCUCCCCAGCCUCUCCCAUUCCCCCCUUUCCUGCCACAGGGGAGUCGCUGGCAGCCGGGGGACUGGAAGGCCCAUAG